GGUGUCGUGCACCAUGGCGACCUCCGUCCAGCAGCCGCCUCAAUCUGGCGGCGGGAAGUGCAAAGGCAGCGCUCAGUGCGUGCCGGCGGCGCCCCGGCAACUGGAACCCGGGCCAGAGGGCCUUCUCAUCACCUGCAACAUGAACGAGCGCAGGUGCGUGGAGGAGGCCUACAGCCUGCUCAACGAGUACGCAGACGACGUGUACGGUCCGGAAAAGUUUACAGGCAAGGAUCAGCAGCCCUCUGGAAGUGAGGGAGAUGACGAUGAUGUGGAGGCUGCUUUGAAGAAAGAAGUUGGUGACCUUAAGGCAUCUACAGAGAUGAGGCGAAGAAGAUUCCAGUCAGUGGAGAGUGGAGUAAAUAAUGUAGUCUUCAUCAGGACACUUGGCAUAGAACCUGAGAAAUUGGUACAUCGUAUUCUGCAGGAUAUGUACAAAACCAAGAAGACGACGACGACGGGUUAUUCUACGAAUGUUACCCUUUCAGGCACACGCAGGGCUAUCUUAGAAGAUGUGAAGAAAUAUGCAGAAACAUUUUUGGAACCCCGGUUUAAAGAUCUAAAAGGGACAUUUCAGGUUGUAUACAGAUCUAGAAAUAACAGUCACAUGAAUAGAGAAAUUAUCAAAGAAUUGGCAGGAAUAGUAAACAGCGUCAAUUCAGAAAAUAAAGUGGAUCUUACCAAUCCACAGUACUAAGUGGUAGUAGAAAUCAUUAAAACUGUCUGUUGCCCAACUGUUGUGUAAGAUUAUAUGUUGUUCAGAAAAUAUCAUCUCCAGGAGGUGGUGAAGAGUACUAAGGACCCGUUACAGCUUAACCCAAAGCAGGCAGCACAAGCAGGAAAUGAGAAAGAAGCUAAAUUGGGGUCUGGUGACACAUCAAAUCAAAAUGACCCAGCAGAAGGAACAAAUAAUCAGCAGGUGGUACCAGAAAAUAGUGGGGAGCUGGAGCAGACAAAACCAAUAUCUGAGACUCAGGUGGUGAAUGAGGGAGGAGCUAAGCCUGAACUUGCAAGUCAAGUCACAGAAGGAUCUGAGUCAAAUGAAAAUGACAUCUCAUAGGAAAAAAAAAAAUCAUCUGGUGUUAGAAGUUGAUUUCUCAACUGGGGUUCUGUGAGAUGUUGCUGGGAUUCCAUAUAAAGUGGUGAUUGAAAAUAUUUCUGAACUUUGUGUGCUGCAUAAUGCUGUGCUCACAGUAGUGAACGAUGAUUGAGCAGCUCUAACAAUUUUGUUAGGGAUCUUUUCUGUGCUGUGUGGCAGUGUGCAGUAGACUCACGUGCAUUUGAGUGAGCUAGGAGAAGCUGUGGAUAAUUGGUGACACUUGCACAGAGGGGAGAGUGGUAGGAGGAUGAUGGCCUGUCCCUCGUGACUACCUCCCCAGCCUCCCUUUCUGCACUGCCAACUGACUUAAUGCGAGCAAACAAGCUCUGUGCGAGAUAUACCCAGAGGAAAAUUUUCGUUCUAAGGAAAGAAUGGUUAUGUGUUGCAACUCAGCUGUCCCCUGCCUCUUUGUUGUAAAUAUUGCAAAAACAUGGGUCGUAUAGAUUAGAAGUGAAUUGUUUUGUGAAGUGUUUAUACUUUUUGUGAUUUUCUUGUUUAGUUAUCAUGCCUGUUUUUAUGUUUUAUUAACAUUUGUUUGUUACAAACAGAUCUGACGGUCCAGUGCUGUAGUUUGUGAAGACAAGGUGUGAGAUAGAAGAGAAGCAUUUUAGGUAUAGAACUACAGAUAUUUCUGAUAAGGUUAGUGAUGAAGAAUUACAGUAUUCUGAGUUACUAUGGUAUACUAGUGCUACCAGGGACACAAAUUCCUUGUUUACAAUGAAAGCUACUUCUCAGUGGUUUUAUAUAGAUUUAUAAUCCAACCUGUUUUGUUCCAUUGCACAUCGUCUGUGGAAAUCAAUGUACAAGCCUAGCAUUUGCUCCAGCAAUUUUAAGUAUAAAUCAUAGCUAUUUGAUAAGUAAAGGUGUUGAUUAUUUUAGAUGACUUUUGGAAUAUCAAAACAGUGAAGCUUUUGUUCAGAAAAAUCACAUUCGGUGAAAAGGUGUAGGAAGCAAAUUAUUUAGUAGCAGAACUUAUUCCAGAAAAGAAAAAUUCACCUAGUUGGUAAGAAUCUAAUAAUACCAAUAUUAAAAUGCUAGGGCAAGAAACAGUACACAAAAUUGAAAAAACUUUACUCUCAAUUUAAUAAAUUGACUUAUGUCACAUGAUGCUAAAGAAGUUUUGUGUAAUUAACUGAAAAGCAACAGCUUCUCUGUCUGGGUUGAUGAGUCAACAUAUUUCCCAGAUAUUUGUGAUGCUCUAUAGCAUUUGUAGGAUUUGUAAAUGAUGCUGAAAUUCAAGAAAACUUUUUCUGCUCCUAGAGGUGCCUCCCCGAAACAAAGCCCAAUAUAAAUUUCUCCUGCGUAUUUGAAAACCAAAGAUUUGUCAUCUCUACUCCUGCUGCCCCAUCAGUGGUUUGUUCCAUGACAAGUUUUGCCUCAUUUUAAUAAAAGAAAAUCCUGAUGUUGAUGUUACAGCACACUGCUUUCUUCACAGAGAGGUGCUGAUAUAAAAAACUUGGAGAUGAAAUGAAGAAAGUUCUCAAUGCUACAAAAAUGGUUAACUUUAUUAAAGACCUGUUUAUGCAAGAACAUUUUUAAAAACCCAGAAACCAAAACCUGAAGAAAGAACACCUAAAUCUACAUAGAGAAAUCCAGUGGCUUAUCAGAGGAAGAGUUCUCAGCAGGAUAUUCGAGUUGAAAGGUGAAUUGUCAGAGUGUUACGAAGAAAAUACUAGGCCAGAUUUUGCUGAAUGCUUUGAAGAUGAAGCAUGGCUACAGAAACUAGUCUGUUUAGCAAACAUUUUUGUAUGAACAAGUUUCUGCAAGGUCCUGGAGACACUAUCUUUUCUUAAGUAACGGAAUUCUUAGAGGAAGCAGAAACUGAGUCUUUCGAACAAUCAUGUUGCCAAAGGAACUCUUGAAAUCAAGGUUCCACAGCCACUUGGGCUUCAGAAUGAAGAAAGACAGCAACAAAUCUCAAGCCUUACUAAAACUCUCCUUGAAGAGCUGCAAAACCAAAUUAAAAAGCAUUUCCCCUUCUUUUCCCAACUGGUGUAUGACUGGAUGAGGGAUCGUUUUUCUAAAUCUUCUCAGCCUGAGAUUGUCUUUGUGAGAAGAGAAAGAACUCUGAGUCCUAGUCUGAUAGUUCUGGAUUUCUGUGCAAUAAGAGUAUCCUUCAACUUAGUGCUCACACUCACAUGCCUUGAGGGUUCCCUUAAUUUGCAAGUUUUUUCAAAGGUUCCUCCAAGGUAAAACUACUGAAAAAAGCUGGAAGAGAGAGACACAGAAGAGAGCUGCAAAAUAAGAUGUCCAGAUUCGGAAUAUUAAGGGGCUGUGAAAUUAGCUUUUGGAGAUGGGUUUAUAUUUAAGUUUUAGAAAGUUUGGAAGUCUUAUAAAUGAUUAUAAAUAUAGCCUGCUCCAAUGUCUAUGUUUAUUUAAUGGCUAGUGAACAUGGGCGUAUAUUUUUAUCCUCCUAGUUAGUGGUCCUGAUUGGUAAACCAGACUGUAAGGAUUUGGGAGGGGCAAAGAGAAUAGACAGGGCCUUGCUAAUGCAGAUGAGACUGCAACUUUUUUAUGUAUCUUUAGAUAUGUAGAAAGUUAACUCUUAAUAGGUUGAAGUCAUCUUGAAAGGGUGAUAAAAGCAUUUUAAGUGUGAUUUGGAGGAUAGGCUUUUGGUGCCUUCAUCAGACUUUUCCAAGACAAAAAUGCUUUUAUUUUGAUAGUGCAAGACUCUGGGACUCUGGGAAUAAAAUUGGCCAUGUGCUUACAGAACAUACAACUCUGUGGAAUUUGGUUUCUUUUACUUUAUGAAAGCUGCUAUUCCACAGAAAGAUUUUGAUUUACUAAUUUGUUUUUAACCCCUGUUUGUGUUUAUUGGUAUUUGGUAGGACCUGAGUGUGAUAAAAGCUGGUUUUCCCCAGCUGUCAAAUAUACUGUGUUCUGUUGGAAUCUGAAUUGAUUGAUUGAAAGCUUUGUUUUCAGGUUUACCAAGUGUUUAUUGUCACUGACAGUUGAGCAUGUUAUUUUAUAAAUGAUGAGAUUCCAAGGUGGGAAUUGAGUGCUUUUUUGCUUCUUUUCAUUUUUAUUUUAAAAAAUUGUGAAAUGGGAACCCUAAUUCACUGCUGGUGGAAAUGCAAACUGGUGUAGCCUCUAUGGAAAACAGUAUGGAGAUUCCUCAAAAAAUUAAAAAUAGGAAUACCUUAUGAUCUAGCUAUCCCACUACUGGGUAUCUACCCAACGAACCUGAAAUCAACAAUCCAAAGAGGCUUAUGCACCCCUGUGUUCAUUGCAGCAUUAUUCACUAUAGCCAAGACAUGGAAGCAACCCAAGUGUCCCUUGACUGAUGAUUGGAUCAAGAAGAUGUGGUAUAUAUAUACCAUGGAAUACUACUCAGCCAUUAAAAAAGACAAAAUCAUCCCAUUUGCAACAACAUGGAUGGAUCUGGAGAGUAUUAUGUUAAGUGAAAUAAGCCAGAAAGAGAAAGACAGAGCAUGAUUUCACUCAUAUGUGGAAGAUAAACCAACACACGGACAGGUAGAACUGUUUUGUGGUUACCAGGGGCUAGGGGGGUGGAGGUAGGCGCAAGGGGUGGAGGGAUGCACUUAGAUGGUGACUGACAAACAAUAAUGUACAACAAAAAUUUCAUAAUAAAAAGAAAUUGUGUCAGUUAAAAAGCUCCAGUGUAGUGGUCUAGUGAACUUGUUUUGCUCUAUGGGGGGAAGAAUGUUAAAGUGGGUAUUUUAAAACAUGUUUCUCUAAGGAUAAACAUGAUUUCUCAAAGUUAUUUUUACUUGUAUUUUGAUUUUGGUAUGGCCAGAUAUUCAGCUUCUUUUUCAUAGUUCCUGAUAUUUUCAGAGAAAUCAAAAUAAAUUUGUUCCCUAAAGAUUGGUGUUCUGUGCUUUUUCUUUCUGCCUCUUAGUAAAUCUCUUGCUUUACUAUAAGUAGAU